AUGGCGAUUUCGUCAAUAGGAGGGAUGUCUGAACUGGGAAUGGAAGAUCCCUACUUCAUCAACCAGUGGCACAUGAACUCUCUGGAUGAAGUCAGCAUGCUGCCACUAGCAGCUGCAUUUGGAGAGAACUUUAACCAGUCUCACUUUCACCCAAAUUUCAAUCUUAAAACUUCUAUGGAUAGUUCUCAUAGUGGCAUUGAUAGACCCAUGAAACAGCUCAAAACUGAUGGCUGGAGUUCAUGCAAAACCGAUCAACACGGAUUGAACCCGCAAGUUGCUUCCUCUCCAAAUAUCCUUUCCUUUGUCAACUCUAAUAGCACAAACCAAAUGGGGGUUCUUAAGCCUAAGGAGGAGGCAGCAGUGUGUUCAAAGAGCAACAACGGUCUCCCUUCUGAUAUAUUGCUCUCUCAAAGUUCAUUUGGCAACCAAAGUUAUUUGUUUAAGGCCAGUCAGGGAACAAAGGGGGUCAACACAAACACUAGGCUUUCUACAACUCAAGAUCACAUUAUUGCAGAAAGGAAAAGGAGAGAGAAGCUCAGCCAACGGUUCAUAGCUUUAUCUGCAAUGGUUCCUGGCCUAAAGAAGAUGGACAAGGCUUCUGUUCUUGGAGAUGCUAUCAAGUAUAUCAAACAACUGCAGGACAAGGUAAAGACACUUGAGGAACAGACCAGAAAGAAAAACAUGGAAUCCGUCGUCUUUGUGAAGAAAACGCAGCUCUUUGCCAAUGAUGACAACUCAUCCUCAGAAGAAAAUAACUCCAGUGGCCCCUUUGAUGAGACACUGCCUGAAAUUGAAGCAAGGUUCUGUGACAACAAUGUCAUGAUAAGAAUUCACUGUGAGAAAAGAAAAGGAGUUGUGGAGAAAACUAUAGCAGAGGUUGAGAAGCUCCAACUUAAGUUCAUCAAUAGCAGUGUCUUGACAUUUGGGGGCUGUGCUCUUGAUGUAACCAUUAUUGCUCAGAUGGAAGUGGAAUUCAGCCUCUCAGUGAAGGAACUUGUCAAGAAUCUACGCUCCGCUUUCGACAUGUUCAUGUGA